AUGGUGUUCUACCUGAUAGGAUUAGGACUGGGUGAUGUUGAAGAUAUUACUGUAAAAGGUUUGAACAUAGUGAGAAAGUGCAAGCGAGUCCACCUUGAAGCGUACACUAGUAUUCUGUGCUACGGGUUGGAUAAGUCGAAGCUCGAGGAGUUCUACGGGCGUGAGCUGUAUAACUUCGGUGAGACAGUCUCUAUAGUGAUGUGGCUAGACGGAUGGGAACCGGAUAGUUACUACGACAAAAUAGCGACGAAUAUGGCGAACGGAUUCCAUACACUAUGCUUGCUUGAUAUAAAGACGAAAGAGCAGUCGAUAGAAAACAUGAUGAGGCUAGUUUUUCAACAGAUUUUGAUCCACCUAAAUUCGGCCUUUCAAAUUCUGUGGAUUUUACAAUUUCAAGUAAAGAGUCCCUCAACAUUCAGGGGGAGGAAGAUCUAUGAACCUCCUCGUUACUUAACAUGUGCCGAGGCAGCCACCCAACUGUUGAAGAUAGCGGAGCGUAAAAAGGAGGCUGGUAUUGAACCAGCCUACAACGAGUCUUCGCCAUGUGUGGGGUUGGCGCGAGUCGGUUGGGAUGAUCAAAAGGUCAGCCAUCCUAUAAUACAGUUCAUAGUCGCAAUAUUUAGUCUCUGUUUAGAGCUUCUUAAAAAUAGUAAGGGAACUGUGUCUAAUUGGGAGAAUCCUCCAAGCUUACUGGAGCGAAACAAGUUACCUGCUAGGUAUAGGAAAAAGCGCCCUAGCCCCACAAAGGCUGCGCUCAUGCGGAGGCUCAAGUAG